ACUUAGGCACUAGGUAUGUAAAGUUCUAGCAUGCUGAUAAUCUCGGUAUGUUUAUUUAUUGAUUGUAGCUUUGAAAACAGCAUUUCACAAUACAAACAACGAUUUAGAAACGGAAAAUGCCUACACGAGCUCCUAUUUGCGACUUUGCUAAGUAAAUACGGAUGAUUAGGUAAGUAUAUCUAUCGAUACGAAACGGGAACAUUGAUUUAACUAAAGGUUAUCACUCGCGAUGUAAAUACGUACACAAGUCAUGGCUAAGCAAGUAGUUGUCGUUUAUAAGCAGUUAUAAUUAUACGAAUAACCAAGAAGGUCCGCUAAAAGUAAAAAUGUUAAAGUUCCCGGUUUACGUUUAUUUGUUUUGCCUUUCAAUUGAAGCGGUUACUUCGGUAUCCCGAAAGUCGUUCCUUAUGGACGAUAGAUAUGUGUGCAUAGUGAAGACAUCAUGUUUGGAGUGCCUGAAGUUGUCACAUUGUUCGUGGUGCGAAACGGAAAACAAAUGCUUCUCAAAGAAACUACCGAAAUAUGGAGACUUCUGUUCGAAUAAUACAAUUGACCACAUAGAUUAUAACAUGAGUAUCCAGGAGAAUGCAGAGUGUUCGUGCAGAAAGGGCGAGGUGAAUCAGAGGUGCUUCCCCCCCGGGGUGACGGAGGGCCCGGCCUGCUCCGGCCGGGGGACCUGCGUGUGUGGACAGUGUGUCUGCAACCCUGAAUAUGAUCGCGAGUUUCCUACGAAGAUGGUUAUGGGCGAAUAUUGUGAAUAUGACAACUUCUCUUGCGAUGGUCCUAAAUGCAACGAAGGACCGUAUUCCCUGAGUUCAGUGCAGACCCCAGUCGCUGACGUCGACGCUACGAAGAAGACCGAAGUUGAAAUUCCUGCCUCAUAACAGCUAUAUCACGUCUGACGUAUACCUAAUUAAUAUUAUGCGACCUUGAGAAAGGCACAAAUCUUGGGAAAUAUUGUAGUUCUACAUAGAUAGAGUUUUGAUAGUUUAUAAUCCUGUUUAGUCAUUUAAGUGUAGCAGAAUUAAACAAAAACUGGAUAUUAUUAUUUUUAUAUAUGUAUAUUGAAUUAAUAAAUAAUACUUUUUCUACUUA